AAAAGAAUAUCUGUUGCAGAUAUUUUUGUAAAAUUGAAAAGCAGUUAGAUACUUAGUUCAUCACGGCGGUGGACAGGUACAUUACCACCAGUAGCUAUAAAGGCCAAGUCUUCAAAAUCUCAUCUUUUUCUCCACUUUUUUAUCCAAUCCCAUCCCAUUAACGUCCUCUUACCUCAUGUCAGAUCACAACCACGAGAUAUCCACUUCCGCUGAUGAUGGUAAUGAUUCUCUGAAUGGUCACAUCAUAUCUACUACAGUUGGAGGAAAAAAUGGGAAGCCCAAACAGACUAAAAGUUAUAUAGCAGAACGCAUUGUGGGGACUGGGUCAUUUGGAAUUGUCUUCCUGGCUAAAUGCUUGGAAACUGGCGAGCCAGUGGCCAUUAAGAAGGUUUUACAGGACAAAAGAUAUAAAAAUCGUGAGCUACAGUUAAUGCGCUUGAUGGACCAUCCAAAUGUGAUCUCUCUGAAGCAUCGUUUCUUUUCCACUACAAGUGCAGAUGAACUUUUUCUUAAUUUGGUGAUGGAAUAUGUUCCAGAGUCUAUGUAUCGAGUCUCAAAGUUCUAUAGUAAUACUAAUCAGAGCAUGCCACUUAUCUAUGUAAAACUUUACAUGCACCAGAUUUUCAGUGGGCUGGCUUAUAUCCACACUGUUCCUGGAGUUUGCCACAGAGAUUUGAAGCCUCAAAAUAUACUGGUUGACCCUCUUACACACCAGGUUAAGAUAUGUGAUUUUGGGAGUGCAAAAGUGCUGGUCAAAGGAAAAGCUAAUAUAUCACACAUAUGUUCACUUUUCUAUCGGGCACCGGAACUUAUGUUUGGUGCCACUGAGUAUACUACUUCAAUUGAUAUUUGGUCAGCUGGCUGUGUCCUUGCUGAGCUGCUUUUGGGCCAGCCCUUAUUUCCUGGCGAAAAUGCAGUGGACCAGCUUGUAGAGAUUAUCAAGGUUCUUGGCACACCCGCUCAGGAGGAAGUUUCCUGUACGAAUCCAAACUACAAUGAUUUCAAGUUUCCACAGAUAUUCCAUGAAAAAAUGCCUCCAGAAGCAAUAGAUCUUGCUUCCCGGCUUCUGCAGUAUUCCCCAAGUCUUCGAUGUACUGCGCUAGAAGCAUGUGCUCACCCAUUCUUUGAUGAACUCCGUGAACCCAAUGCUCACUUGCCAGAUGGUCGUCCAUUUCCCCCUCUAUUCAACUUAAAACAAGAGUUAUCUGGAGCAUCUCCAGAACUUAUUGAUAAGUUGAUUCCUGACCAUGUGAAGCGGCAGAUAGGGCUACAACAUGCCCAUUUGGCUGGAUUUCUGGAACAUGAUGUUAAGCUCGGCAAAUUGUAGUCUAAUGGAGAUGAUUUAAAAGAGGGGUACCAUCUUAUUGUCUAAAUUACAAGUCAUUAUACCAUGGCAGUGUAAUUCUGUGCUUGACUAGGACCAAGACUUGGGUUCUGGAUUGCUGCAGUUGAUCCAUCACUCCAGCAAGCAUCUAUAUAGCUUGGGUACUACAAAAUUAAAGCCAUAGACAUACUGGGUAUGUACUCGUAACUGGGUACAUACCUGUACCUAGUACAUGUUGGGUAUCCAUGGGUGCAUACCAUACUUAUUUUUCAAAAAUAAAUUAAGUACUGAAUAUGGGUACACCUUGGUACUCUUUGGGUAUGUACGUCCUGUAUUUAUGGUGGAUCAUGUAUGGUGCUACAAUUCCCAAACAUCUUCUAUCCAUUCCAUGAAAAGGAAAUAGGCUCAACCCUAAGAGUGUGAUUUGCUUUUUAUACUUACAAAUCCUUCGUCUCCUCUCAGGAAUUAAGAAUUAUAAUGAAGAUGGAAGCAAAAAUGUAAGAAGGGCUCGAUGUUCUUGAAGUUGUUACUUUUUCUGUCUUGAUGAAACCAGGUUUAGAGGUUGCUCUAUGAACAAAAAAAUAAUAAGUUUAACAUUGUUAAAGUGAGAUAUUCAUAGUUACGUUUAAGUUUUAUCAUGUUGAUUGUUGAACAAUAUAAUCCUAUUACGAGUUGUCUCAUUGAACAUUUUAUUCUCCUUUUAUGUUAUAUAUUAUA